GCAUGAGAAUAAAUUAUAUACAUAUAUAUAGUUAUUGUAUAAUAUAAAUAUUUUGUUCUUUUUCAGUCAGAACUAUCAACGGUUCCUGCUGUAUAUGCACAACAUCUUCAAGAUAUAUCAAACAUCAAAAUGACAAGUAGCUAUGGUAACGCAGUUAAUUCGUUCGAAAAAAUACUAGAAACCGUGAAAUAUGAGGAAAACUUUGAUGUGGAAGAUGACAGUAAUUAUGAUAUAACAUCAGAUGAAGAAACAGACGAGCAUACUUUGUGUUUUGAUUUUGACACGGAAUUUAAUGGUCACGAAUCAAUACAUCAAGUGCAUUAUGUAAGAUACCAAGGAGACGAUGUUGGGCAUCAAGAAAAUGACGUCAUACAUCAAGAAUAUGGUACGUCACGUCGAAAAGAAACUGAUGCACACGUAGAAGAAGAUGCAAUACAAGAAGAUGCUAAACCACGAAGACAAAGUGCUCUACACAAAACAGAUGAUGUUAUUUGCAAAGGAGAUAUCGCUAAACGGAAAAGAGAUUUUAAAAAACAAAAAUCAGUCGAGAACAAAUGUGGAAUUUGUCAUAAAUCGUUCAAGCGCAGAUAUUUGUUAGUACAGCACAUGUCGUUACAUACUGGAGAAUGUAACUACGAGUGUGUGAUAUGUAAAGAACGAUUCCGAUUAAAGAAAUAUCUUUAUAAACACAUGAGUCGACAUAAAGAUGAUAAACAGUACAAGUGUCAGGUUUGUCAAAAAUCUUAUGACAGUCUUAAACUUUUUAAUGACCACACGAAUAUUCACCGCGGCAUCCGUUAUCAAUGCAAGUAUUGUGAAAAGUCGUUUUCGGCCUCAAGCUCGUUAAAAGUUCACUUGAAACUACAUGCUGAACCAGGAAGUUCCAAAUUAAACUAUUACGUGUGCAAUAUAUGUAAAAAAUCAUUUGCGAGUGAAAGUUCAUUAAGAAUGCACAUGGAAAUACAUAACGGAACACAAAACCAGAUUUGCAACAUUUGUGACGCUAGAUUCAGCAGAAAACAUGACUUACAGAGACACAUGUUCAUACAUACUGGAGAAAAACCAUACAAAUGUUCACUAUGUCUUCGAGCAUUUCGACAACCGGGAGAGCUUGGUAGACAUAUGGCGUGGCAUAGAGGUGAUCACAAGCAAUCGUGCAAGCAAUGUGGUCGAAAAUAUGCUAGAAAGGAUGAGUUUUUAAGGCAUAUUAGUACACAUGAAAAAGAACUGAAUAGUGCAGAUGCAACCACAAACAAAUUACAAUGUAAUGUUUGUAAAAAGUUUCUGACAUCUGAAAUAAAACUGCAGCAACAUUUAGAAAAACAUACACGUGAAGUUGUGACGCGAAAAUGUGAGGAAUGCGGAACCAUAUUUAGCACAUCGAGUAAUUAUAAAAGACAUGUAAGAGAUAAACAUAAUCAGAAACAAGAUGGCGUUACUUCGCCGAACUGUAGUAAAACAACGGAAGAUAUAACAGGUCCUUUCAAGUGUGACUUGUGCUCAAAGAUUUUAAAAACCAAACACACACUAAUUGCACACAUGAAUAAUGUACAUUUGAAUAAACAUAGCUUUGUCUGUUAUAAAUGUGACAAAACCUUUUUCAAGAAAAAAGAUUUGAUAAUGCACGAAGAAAGGAAACAUAAGAAUUUAUCAUGAUAUUUUAUCAGUGUUAAAAGCAAGUGCGGAACAUCAAAUGCAUAGCCUGCCAAGAAAAGUUAUAAUACUCGUUGACCUGCUUUUCAAUUGAAUUUUGCAUUUUUACUUUUUUAUGUAAAAACCUUUUUUACAAGUUUGUCGAAAUCUUUAAUUGUCGAAAGCUUAAUCAACCAUUUGAACACAUGUGCUAUUGUCUAUUAUCAAAUUAUGGAAUAAAAAUUGGUAGGCGCUAUCUCAUUUGUUGUGAAA